CACGCUGAUUGGGGAUUGGCAGGGGGAGCCCGGCCAGCCGCCGAUGGCAAUGAAACCCAAGGUGAACGCACACAUGCCGAAACCAUUCCCGCCGGCGCGUUGGGCUCGCUACACAGUAUUGUGCCGAAGCUACAUCUUCAUCGUUUCCUCCACUGCCGCUGCCGCGGGAACGGGUCGACGGCGGCACGACGAGCUCGAUGUUGCCGUCUGCGAUGUGAGGGCCGAGCCCAUCUCGACCACCCACCCGCCCAUCAUGUCGGCCACUCCCGACCCCGCCGUGUCCGCCCAGUCGGAGCAGCCGGCGGCGAUUGCCCUCACGGUCCUCCUCCCCACGCUUGCCGCGGUGGCCGUCUCGCUGCGGCUGUACACGCGCAAGGUCAUCCUCGAGCGGACCGGGCCCGACGACUGGCUGAUUGUUGUCGCCUUGAAACCCACUUUGGCCUCGGGCGCCAUCAGUGGACCGUGCCUCCCGAUGCGAUAUUGAAGCAGAUGAAGGCCCUCUACGCGUCUGUGAUCACCUACAACCUGGCCAACAACGUCACCAAGAUGUCGUUCCUGCUGCAGUACCGGCGCAUCUUCGGCAGCAGCAGCCCGACGGCCGACUGCGUGUGCCGCUGGCUCUUCGUCUUCGUGCUGCUGUGGGCGGUCACGCAGGGGAUCGUGCUCGGCCUGUGCUGCAUCCCCGUCACGGCGUUCGCGCCCAGCAUGGCCGACCGGUGCCUCGACACGCUCAAGGUGUGGUACUUCUCGUCGAGCCUGAACCUCGUCACCGACUUCGCCAUCUUCGCCGUGCCGCUGCCCUGCCUGUACAACCUGACCAUGCCCCGGCACCAGAAGAUCCUCGUCGUGUCCAUCUUCUCGCUGGGCUUUUUCACAUGCAUCAUCUCGGUCAUCCGCUUCAUCUACCUGCCCGUCACCACGAGCACCAAGGACCCGACCUGGGACAACGUCGAGCUGUCGCUGUGGUCCGCGGCCGAGCUCAACUGCGGCAUCAUCUGCGCGUCGCUGCAGACGCUGCGGCCGCUCCUGGCGCGCUGCAUCCCCGGCCUGGCCUAUUCCGGCCCCCACGGCUGGCGGGUGCGCACCAUAUCGGAUGGGAAUACUUCCGGUGGUUAGGUAGACUUCGGGGAGGGGGGGAAAUAGCUUCGCGGUAGUUACAGCUAGGGUCACUAAUAGAUACCAAUAAUACCACGAUGGGGUAGUCAACUCAUUGAUGGCUCGAUAUGUGGCAACUAGGGGUAGGAGUUGCACUGUGUUUCUUACGUGGAUACGGAUUACACGUUGUGGAUGUAAGUGUGACGACUUCACUGAGAAAAACAUACUGAGCUGUCUGAAAGGAGCAAGAGCGGGCCAGGGCGAUUUUCGUGUAAGAGGACACCUACCUCCUUCAGCCAAU